CACGGACAAGUUGUUGUUUGUUCCCUGAUAUAAUGUCGACCCCUUCUUGAUGCCAGAUCAUGAAUUGUUCAGGAGUGAAGCAAGCGGCCUUGAAGAGGAGGCCGUGGAACUCUCAGCCAUGGCACCGGGCCACCACCACGACGACACCGAAGACACCGAAAUCAAUGCCCCCCUCAUCGACCGCAACCGACGACGAGACAACGCAGACGACGUUGACGAGUCUACUGAUGCGGUGACGACGACGACGACGACUACGACGACAGUCCACCGAAAUUCGGGCGGCAACGCGUUCAUAUGGGCUCUGACGGCCUCCGCUUGCGUGUCGGGGCUUUUGUUUGGUUACGACACGGGGGUGAUUUCCAGUACCCUGGUCUCGAUCGGUACCGACCUCUCUUCGAGGCCUUUGACGAACCUCGACAAGGGGGUCAUCACGUCUUGCACGAGCUUCUUCGCUCUCGUCGCGAGUCCCCUUGCGGGAAUACUGGCGGACAAGAUGGGCAGAAAAAACGUCAUACUGGUCGCGGAUGCUCUCUUCGCCCUCGGGGCACUGUGGCAGGCCUUCACGAGUUCGGUGUGGGGGAUGAUCUGGGGUCGGUCGGUCGUUGGGUUGGCGAUAGGCGGGGCGAGUCUGAUUGUACCCUUGUACAUCUCUGAACUCUCGCCGAGUCACCUGCGAGGCAGACUGGUGACCACCAGUUUGUUGUUCAUCACCGGUGGUCAAGUCAUCGCGUACCUGGUUGGUUGGGCUUUCUCGACCACCCCGGGAGGUUGGCGUUGGAUGGUCGGGUUAGGGUCGGCACCCGCCCUGGCACAAAUGGCCAUGCUGGCGUUUAUGCCCGAGACUCCUCGUUAUUUGGUGAAAGCCCAAAAGGAGGGGGCCGCAAGAACUGUACUCACAAAGGUGUACCGAGGGAUGUCGUCCGACUCGCACCGGCUGGUCGACGGAACCAUCUUGGCAAUCAAAAAGGAAAUCCUCGAGGAGGAGGAGGCUCACAUUCGGAUGAAAAGCGGCACCGAUCGUACUGGAUCGUCGUCGUCGUUCCUCCCACCUACUCUACAGUCACUCUUACUGCACCCACCUCACGCCAGAGCACUCGUCGUCACAUGUACGCUACAGGGCCUGCAGCAACUCUGCGGGUUCAACAGCCUCAUGUACUUUUCCGCCACCAUCUUCCAGCGCCUGGGGUUUUCUUCGCCGACCUUGACGUCGUUGAGCGUCGCGGGGACCAACUUUCUGUUCACGAUAGCGGCGUUCAAUCUCAUCGACAGGGUCGGGAGGAGGCGUAUCCUGUUGACGACCAUCCCCGUCAUGAUUUUGUCCCUCUCACUCUGCGCGGCUGCCUAUUCCUUCGUGCCUUCUUCCCCCCCUCCCGCCCCCUCGGUGGGAGGAAGAGAAGCUGAAGGCCGGGCUCCUCCUCCAGGGACGGGGGGUCCGGAGGACGCCGACGGUGACGGUCGCGGUGGCCCCUUGCCUGCGAUCGGCAUCCUGGUCGCCAUGCUACUCUACGUGUCGAGUUACGCCAUGGGCCUCGGUCCCGUCCCCUGGCAACAGUCGGAACUGUUUCCCUUGAGCGUCCGCUCUUUGGGGUCGAGCCUGGCGACCGCGACGAAUUGGGGGUGCAACACGGUGGUUGGUCUGACCUUUUUACCCAUGAUGGACCUUUUGACCCCACAGUGGACUUUUGUCACUUAUGCUCUGAUUUGCGCGUUGGGAUAUGUCGCCAUCUACCGCAUAUACCCCGAGACCAUGGGCUUGGGUUUAGAACAGGUCGGAGAUUUGCUCAAGUAUGGCUGGGGCGUUCAGGAAAGCAUGGCCAGGCUGAAAGAUUCGAGGUCCACUGAUGCUCUAGAAUAGAUCAGGCAGACAGGCAGACUAAAUCAGACAAAAUACUUUUGUUUGUUCC